AUGUCUGAUUGCAGAAGGCAGUGGAACCGAGAGGAUGAGCUACCGGUCUACCUGGCGGGACCGAUCACCACUGGGCCGAACCAGAGGAAGAGCUUCGGGAUGUUUAGCUCCGUGGAAGGCGCGUUUGAGAGCAAGACCAUAGACUUCGAUAAUUACGCGGUGGGGAGGAAAGGAAGCCGCACCCCGAGGAGCGGGAGCCAGGAGAGGCUGCUGGACACCGGUGACCCCGUCGGUAAGACGUCCAGCGAGGCCCGGGAGGGGUCACUGACCAACUCACCCGAGGAUACAGAGGACGCACGGACCGGUGUGGAGGUCAGAUUCUCAUCGGUAAAGGAAGGCUCAGAUGGGAAGAAUGAAAGGCUGCUGAUUAAAGGAGGGCGAGUGGUCAAUGAUGACCAGUCUUUCUAUGCAGACGUCUACAUUGAGGAUGGGCUCAUCAAGCAGGUGGGGGAGAAUCUGGUCGUUCCAGGGGGGGUGAUGGUGAUUGAGGCCAAUGGCCGCAUGGUAAUACCAGGGGGUAUAGAUGUCAACACCUGUCUGAUGAAGCCCUUCCUGGGCACGCAGCCUGUUGAUGAUUUCCUGCAGGGCACCAAGGCUGCACUCGCCGGGGGCACCACCAUGAUCAUCGACCACGUGACCCCUCAGCCUGAGGACAGUCUGCUGGAGGCAUUUGAGUGCUGGCAGGAGGCUGCAGAUAAAAAGGCCUGCUGCGAUUACUCUCUGCAUGUCGACAUCCCCCAGUGGAAUGAGACUGUCAAAGACGAGUUGGAGCUGCUCGUGCAGGAGAAAGGUAUCAACUCCUUUCAAGUGUACAUGGCUUAUAAGGAUAUGUACCAGAUGACAGACUCCCAGCUGUAUGAGGCUUUCUCCUUUCUGAAGCAGUUGGGUGUUGUGGUAUUAGUUCAUGCUGAAAACGGAGACCUGAUUGCUCAGGAACAAAAAAAAAUCCUGGGAAUGGGAAUAACCGGCCCUGAAGGCCACCCUCUGAGUCGUCCUGAAGAGUUGGAGGCUGAGGCGGUGUUCCGUGCCAUCACUCUUGGUAACCGUGUGAACUGUCCGGUCUACAUCACAAAGGUGAUGAGCAAGAGUGCAGCCGACACUAUCACUCAGGCUCGGAGGAAAGGUUCUGUAGUUUUUGGGGAGCCAAUUACGGCUAGCCUGGCCACUGAUGGCUCUCACUACUGGAGCAAAAAUUGGGCAAAGGCGGCUGCUUAUGUGACAUCUCCACCUCUGAGUCCUGACCCAACAACUCCAGACCAUCUCCACACACUGCUGGCCUGCGGUGACCUCCAGGUGGUGGGCAGUUCUCACUGUGCGUACAGCACUUCACAGAAAGCAAUUGGAAGAGACGACUUCACCUUGAUCCCAGAGGGAACCAAUGGAGUGGAGGAAAGAAUGGGCUUUGUCUGGGACAAGGCCGUGGCCAUGGGGAAGAUGGAUGAGAACCAGUUUGUGGCAGUCACGUCUACCAAUGCUGCUAAAAUCUUCAAUCUGUACCCGCGUAAGGGCAGGAUAGCCGUGGGCUCUGACGCUGACAUCGUCAUCUGGGACCCUGACAGAGUCAAAACCAUCACUGCCAAACUCCAGCAGUCGGCUUCAGAAUACAACAUCUUUGAGGGUCUGGAGUGUCGUGGAGGUCCGGCGCUGGUGUUGAGUCAAGGUCGGGUAGUUUAUGAAGACGGCAAGCUGCAGACUCAGCAGGGCACCGGUCGAUUUAUUCCGCGCAAGCCCUUCCCUGACUAUGCUUACCAGCGUGUAAAGUUCAGGAAUCAGGUAAAGAGCAAACAGGGCGUUACUCGUGGGAUAUAUGACGGCCCUGUGUAUGACGUUGUUCCUACACCCAAAUACAUCACUCCUGCGCCGUCCGCCAAAACUUCCCCCACCUCUCACCAGCCACCACCAAUACGCAAUCUUCACCAGUCCAACUUCAGCCUAUCAGGUGCACAGAUUGAUGACAACAUCCCUCGUCGCUCUGGCCACCGCAUUGUAGCACCCCCUGGUGGUCGCUCCAACAUCACCAGCCUUGGCUGA